GAGAUUUGGGGUUGCGAUAGCGAAACUCGGCCCAUCGCCGCUCCGACGGGCCCCCAUGAUUUAUUCAGCAGUAGAUCGGGGCACGCAAUCGGGCUGUCAGGGAGAGCGUCAGCUUAUUAGGCAAGUUCUGCGUGAUUCCAGGAGAGGGUCUAAGCUAUAAAAAUCCCGCGCCCCGGCUCUGAUUAGUACCAAAUCUGAUCCCAAGUUCGCCAGGAGCCGGCUCCGAGGGAGAGCGAGAGGAAGGGACGCCGGGCACCGCCGAGUCCCGCCGCCGCCCGCCCUGCCCUGCCGCUGCCGCCGCCGCCCCAGGUUUGGGCCCCGAUCAUGAAGAUCCCGCUGCUGGUCUCCACGGGAAUCCUGCUGGUCGCCCUCCUGCCCUGCCAGGAGUGCAGAGCUCUCAGCAAGAGCCCGGCACCCGCCCCUGGGGCUCUGCACCAGCCAGAUUUCUUCCAGCAGCAGCAGCAGCGACAGCAGCAGCAGCAGCAAACUCUGCCCGUCCUGCUCCGCAUGGGAGAAGAGUAUUUCCUGCGCCUAGGCAACCUUCACAAGAGACCCGUUGGCUCUUUCUCCGCCUCCUCCAGCAGCACCAGCCACCUACAGCCCGAAGCCUCCGCCAGCAACUUUUUCCGGGCGGCGGUUCAACAGCUGCAGCAGCUGUCCGAGCGCUCGCCGGGGAACCGAGAGGACGGCGAAGCCGAGGGUGAGGCGGUGGAGAGGGAGAAGCGAUCCGAGGAGCCCCCUAUUUCUCUGGAUCUGACUUUCCACCUCCUGCGAGAAGUCUUGGAGAUGGCCCGAGCCGAGCAGUUAGCGCAGCAAGCUCACAGCAACAGGAAACUGAUGGAGAUAAUCGGGAAGUGAAACGGCCCCUCCCCGCCUUGCCAAAGAGAUUCCGCAGUUAGCACAAGAAUAAUUACACCGUCCGAUGUACCAUAGUGCUGCUCUGAUGUCAUCUCUUUAUUUUUAUAUAGCUUUAAACCUAGAAGGGCGUACUCCGAACAGCCUCUGUCCCUUGACUAGCAUGCACAACCGUGUACCAAGUGCAGAAACACGAGUGUCGUUUGUAACCUCCCUUACCUUUAUUUAUUUCUCCAUUUCCCAGUUAUUCUAGUGCCAUCGCUACGUAGGGAUGUGUGAGCAUUGGAAGAAAUGGUGCCAAGAAGACAGAAAACUUUUCUGUUGGGGGCAGGGAGGUGGGAGGGGGAAUCUCUGUAAGCUACUUUCAAUCCACUUUUUUUUCCUGUAAACAUUUUCACAAUAAAACAUCUUUUCAGCGCUCGGUCGAUUUGGUUGUGUAAGAGAAUGUUUAAUAUUUAUAUUUUUAAUAAAAGCUGCAAAGUAA